AGAUCACUCCAAUUCUCCGAAGACUUCAACUACUACUGUAAUACUCUCCGCCCUUUGAGGCGCUACACAAGUGCAAUGAUGGAAUCCUUGUUCUCCGUGUCUUCUCAUGCCUCCAGUAAUGGCGGAUGCCACCACCGCCUCGCCGUCGACCACCUUCAUUGCCUUCAUCUUUGACUGGGCCCUAUACUUCAUCCAAAUGUUGUCGCAUUUGUUGAACGGAUAUUUCACGGCUUUCUUUGUAUUUACUGGAAUUAUUCUCAAUUUGCUAUCGGUGUCCAUAUUUCUGCGAAAAGAGCGAGCCGGAACACCUGCAAUACAAUAUUAUUUGGUGACACUAACAUUAUGGCAGACGGCACUACUUGCCAAUGCUUUUCUACUAUAUUCAUUCCCCAAUCUCUGGUGGGGUCAUCUUGUUUCACAAGGCACUUACGUGUACCUAUACCCCUAUGUGUACACUUUCGCCAACACCACUCACACCGGAUCCGUCUGGAUUGUUUUGACACUGACGAUCGACCGAUACUUGGCUCUGUGCCAGCCACUCAAACAUCGGGCGAUUGGCAAGAAACGAAGAGUGCGAAGGCUGAUGAUAGUCGUGUCAGCGAUGGCAGUGAUGUUCUCAAUUCCAAGGUUUUUCGAAGUUCACGUGAUCUUAAUAUGUGACGAAGAUCAAUUAUCAUGUGUCGCCACAAUUGAUAGGACUGAACUUUUUGACAACCGUCUCUACUGGACAAUCUAUCAUGUUAUCCUUGCAAUGGUCUUUGUGACCCUUCUCCCUUGCCUUAUUUUGUUUGCACUGACUCUAAGAAUCACAAUUGCCCUGCGUUCCGCUAUCGCAAAACGGAAAUCUUUAUGCGCACCGAACUCGGAUAUCGAUACACGGUGUAAAUCAAUAAAAUCAUCGCGAUAUAAUUCUUCAAGGAAGGACCAUAAAUCGAAUAUAAUGUUGGUUUUGGUGAUCGCAAAAUUUUUGGUCUCCGACAUUUUACCCACGGUCAUUGAUGUUUUGGAGCAUGUUGUCGGCCAGUCGGCGUUCAUGAGAUCACCGCUGGCUUCCUUGUUUGUCGACAUCUCCAAUUUCCUAAUUGUGCUCAAUUGCUCAUCGAACUUUUGGGUGUUUUUCGUGUGGGGCAAGCGGUUUCGAAGGUCGUGCCGAAAGUGCAUAAAGUCGACGCUAAUUGGAGCAUGUAUAUAUGAUAUGGCUCAAUGGAAUAAUGACUCGGAAGUAUCCCUCUGUGCACCAUCAUCAUUCACAACUGGCAAUGCCACAAAGGUCUAUGGUAGCACGGAAAGGUCGUUUCGUUAUAAACGGAACAUGGAAUUAAUCGUAUCUAGAACCGAUGAAACGUCUGUAAGUAGAACUUGACAUGACAUGAUGAUCUUUUUAUUUUCAUAACUUUUAUAUUUCAAAUGCCUUCUUUUUUCUGUUAACUGUUUUUCACCACAACAAAAGGUUUCAAAGGUGUAGUAUGGGCUAGAUAUUUCAUUGUUCUAGCCAAUUUUUACCUGUAAUUACGAUUGCUUUAUAGAUUUGCAUUUCCCCACAAAAUACAACACGUGUUCCAUACUUUUUCAUUUGUAUUCAACAACUUUAUUUUCACAUUUUGCCAUUCUAUGAACCACUCUUUCCACUGAAAAACUCAAAAUUGCCAACGAUUUGAUUUGCUUACAUGUUUCAUUUUUCAUAAAUUCUCUGCUUUUUUAUGAAGAUUUUUUCUAAAGUGCGUUUCUCAAAGACGUUCAUUCACCAUGGAAAUACGACUGGAUUUGAGGAAAUAAAUAAAA